AUGUACACUGAUCAUCAGGGCACAGAUGAUUAGUGUGCCCUGAUGAUCAGUGUAGCCCCAGAAGUGCCACCUGUCAGUGUCCAUCAGUGCCACAUAUCAGUGCAUUCCAGUGCACAUCAAUGCCACAUAUCAGUGCCCAUCUGAGCUGCCCUUCAAUGUCACCCAUCAGUGCCAUCAGUGCCGCCUAACAGUGCCAGUCAGUGCCGCCUAACAGUGCCAUAUAUCAGUAUCAUGUAUCAGUGCUGCCUUUCAGUGCCCAUCGGUGAUGCCAGUCAAUGCCCAUCAGUGCAACCUACCAGUGCCUCCUCAUCAGUGCCACCUAUCAGUGUCCAUCAGUGCAGCCUAUCAGUGCCCAUCACUGCAGCCUCAUUAGCGCACAUCAGU